AAUUAUAAUCAAUCAAUAUCAUCCCCAUCGUGCACUUUCUCCCAAACGCUGUCGUUUUGAUCCUUUUCAAUACAAACCCAAUUCCACCGCCGUUCUCCGCCUAAACUCUCCGGCCGUCACAACGCCGGCCUCAUCUCCGAUCCCCAACCACCUCCGCACGCUCAAUUUCACGCUUAAACGCAAUUCCUCAUCACCGAUCGUUAGUUUCAACGAAUUAGGUCUUGUUUAAUAGCUAAUUUUCGAUCACAAGAAUUGAACAGAGAAGGUGAAAAUUUCUUUUGGAGACGAUGAGUACCGUGUUUGAGGGAUAUGAACGCCAAUACUGCGAGCUUUCUGCUAAUCUGUUGAAAAUUUGCACUGCAGCUGGUGCUCUUAAUGGAGAGCAAAAGAAGCAAAAACUUUCAGAAAUAAAGGGUGGAAUUGAUGAAGCAGAAGCUUUGAUACGGAAAAUGGAUCUUGAGGCAAGAAGUUUGCAGCCAAACAUUAAGGGUGGGCUUCUUGCUAAGUUGCGGGAAUACAAAUCAGAUCUGAACAAUAUUAAAAGCGAACUUAAGAAACUCGUAUCUGGAAACUUGAACCCCUCUGCACGGGAUAGUUUGUUAGAAUCAGGCAUGGCAGAUGCUUUGACGGUAUCAGCUGAUCAAAGAGACAGAUUAAUGUUUUCAACUGAGAGGUUGAACAAGUCUGGUGACAGAAUUAAGGACAGUAGAAGAACAAUGUUGGAAACAGAGGAGCUUGGAGUGUCAAUCCUUUCAGAUUUGCAUUCUCAGCGACAAUCUUUACUGCACGCACAUGACACACUUCAUGGAGUGGACGAUAACAUAGGCAAGAGCAAGAAAAUUUUGUCGAACAUGUCUAAGAGGAUGAACAAGAACAAGUGUCUUAUUAGCACCAUUGUUGUGGUCCUGGUUCUUAUUAUCGGCGUGAUUCUGUACUUUAAACUUUCAAAAUAUUUUAAUCAUUCAAAAUAGACUAGCAUAUAUUUCUUACAUGGCCACAAUGUAAGGCUUUAUAGAGUUUCGCUUGUUAAUGUUGUGCAAUGCUGCAAACAAAUUUGAAAAUAUUUGCUUCUUAAGUGUGUGAUUCUUGUGCUGGUUUUGUCAUGUAAGAUGUAAGUAUUUUGUGAUCA